CACUCCCAUGCUACCUGCGGCUGUCGAUAACGCAUCGCAUUACGUGCGCGUCAAGAUUGGUAAAGACGGGCGAUUGAAAGCGAUCGCGAAAUCAGCAAAAGGCGCCAUUGAAUCCAGGCAGUUGUGACGAGCUUUGGGGCGCGCAACUGGUGCGACUCAAGAGUUGUGAUCCGAGCGCUUCAAAGAUCACACAAAAGGGAUGGCUAGGCACACGUUGAUCGUAGCUACGGGCGGUCACUCUGGGUUGGGAUUCCAAACAUUACAUCAGCUAUUGCAGCGAGCUCCCGCCUCUUUGCCUCCUCCCUACCACUUGAUCCUAUUUGGUCGUGCAAGCUCCGCAUCAUCCACGGGUGUGGACAGGCUGUCAUCUUUAUGCAGCGCUGACACCGCUUCAAAGCUCGAGUACAGGUCACUAGAUCUUGACGAUCUGGCAGCGACAAAGAGCGCAGGCGCGUUCUUGGCGGAUGAAGUCAAAGCAAAGCAUUGGAGCAUCUCCACCUUCUUCUUCAAUGCGGCGAUCUGGCCGGCGAAGAGGGAGUCAGUGAAAAGUCAUGACGAUGAGGGCGAGCGAGAAGUUGACAAAUGUUUGGCUGUCAACCACAUAGCGCAUUUGCUUUUCCUUCAGCCUUUGUUGCCGCUCCUGCUUGAGCGAGCAUACAUUCCGGAUGAUCGAGCGCCUCGUAUCGUAUUCACGAACUCUUCACUGCACCGACGAGCAGACCCAUCGACGCUCGAAAGUCUUUUUGACCUCACCAAAUCCGGUCCUGAAGGCUGGACUGGCCGGGCGUGUUACAGCGCAAGCAAGUUCAUCCAGAUCCUUGGCGCACGCAAAUUGGCUGAGCAACUGGAAGAGCAGCUGACCUUGAAAGGCGGCGACGCUGUCGCUCCCGAGCUUGUGAUCGUCCAGCCUGGCUUUGUCCCAUCCACAGGUCUGGCCCGAUCCUCGCCUUUGUCGACGCGUCUGUUUAUGAAAGCCUUCUCCUACCUGCCGCUGUCGUUCAUCGAAUCCGAGAUGGGCGCAGGAGAGACACUUUUGAAAGCGCUAAGCGCGCCGCUGUCGAGUUUGCAAGCCACCCACACGCCAGACGCACGCACGGCAGAUCAGCUGAGUCAGCUCAACGAGCAGGGCUCACCAAUCAGGUGGACACCCAAGGACGCCCGCGUUCAAGGCGCUAUGAUCGUUCGCGGUGGCGGACUGGACCUUCCUGAUCCGCGAACAGAAAAUGAAGCUCUGCAGCAGACGUGGUGGCCCCUCUGAUACGCUCACCGCUCGUUCAGAUAAAAAGACAAUGGACACCUUAUUCUUUGUA